GAGUCUUGAUCUUUUCUCAGUCUUACGUUGCUGUUGUUUCUUUCUCCUAAGACAAUUGCUAAUGGGUGCUCUCGCAGAAUCCUAUAAAGACACCCUUCUCGAACCCCAACACAUCCCCCUUGACUAUGGUUCUGUCCAUACAUUACCCGACUCCCAUGUAUGGCUUGAUGAGUCCAACGAGUCUCCAUCUGGGGUCCACUCCACUGGCCCGCCCCUUAUCGACCUCGCGGAUCCAGAUGCUGAGAGGCUCAUAAUCCAGGCAUGUGAGACAUGGGGUGUGUUUCAACUGAUAGGCCAUGGCAUUCCCACCAAGCUUAUGGAGGCUGUGCAGUCUGAGGCUGAAAAAUUGUUUGAUCUACCAGUUGACCAAAAGAUGAAGGCCUUAAGAUCUCCAGGGGGUAGCCAAUCAGGAUAUGGUCUCCCUCCUAUAUCACCAUUUUUUGAAAAGCUUAUGUGGCACGAAGGGUAUCAUAUCAUGGGGUCUCCGAUCGAUCAUGCUAAGCUACUUUGGCCCAAUGACUAUCAAGGGUUUUGUGACACAAUGGUUCAUUAUCGGAGCCAAUUGAAGGCAUUAACCGAGCAGCUAAUCUGCAUUAUCCUCAAAUCCUUGAACAUUAAUCCUGAAGAAGUGGCUUGGCUUAAGGAAUCUCAAGGAUUAAGUAUUGGUCUGCAGUUAAACUGUUACCCGGCCUGUCCUGACCCAACCCGAGCCAUGGGCAUAGCACCCCACACAGACACAUCCCUAAUAACCAUUCUCCAGCAAUCCAAAGUCAGCGGCCUCCAAGUCUUCAAAGAUGGAGCCGGGUGGGUCCUGGUGCAACCCGUACUCGGUGCCAUCACAGUUAACCUUGGUGACUUUUUCCACAUCCUCUCCAACGGGGUGUUUACAACUGUCCGUCAUCGUGUGGUGGCCACCCAGGUCCGACGUCUCUCCUUUGCCUAUUUCUAUGCUCCUCCAGGUGAUUUUAUAGUCUCCCCAGUUUUGUCCAAGGAUUUUGGGGAAGUGCCUAGGUAUCAAACUCUGUCAGUGAAGGAGUUUGUUGGAAUCAAGGGCAAGCAUUUCGAGAAGGCGCUUUCUGUUAUUCAGAAUUAAAUGGGAUUUUUCCCUACAUAUUUUAGGGUGAAUCUAAGUUAAUUAAAUAAUGAGGUCAAACACACAGAUGG